UACCCAGCACCCCUCCCAGUGCCUGGCACCUAUCCUGGCACCCAGCAUCCAUCCCAGUACCCAGCACCUAGUAACUAUCCCAGCACCCAUCCCACCAUUCAUCCUGGCACCUAUCCUCGUACCAGUCCCGGCACCCGGCAUCCAUCCCAGUACCCGGCAUCCAUCCCG